AUGACAGAAUUGGCCCUUACCAAUUUCGAUGUCCUUCGACUAAUCGUCGAAGAUAUUAGCAGCCCUCAGACUGUAUACAAUUUUGCUCUUGUCAAUCGUCUAUGGAAUGAUGUGUCAACAAAUUUCUUAUGGAGCAAUGUCCAACUGAACAGUGUCCGAGCGGUAAACGCCUUUCUACGCACUAUGGAUAUGGCAAUAGCCGGACGUACAAGAUAUCCGUAUACGACAAUGAAGAGAUGGAUGAAGGCAAAUGUCGUGCUAGAGGAUAGAGACUUGUGUCGAAUUUCAAAUAAAAAUUUAGCAAGAGUGCUUGAUGAGUGUUCCUACGUAAAAUCCGUAAGGCUGGGCGAAUUCAACGUUGGCCAUACUAUAAUCAGAAGCCUCAUACGUGUAAAGUCGAUGAGAUCAUUGGCUCUUACAGACUUGGUAAUUUUAGACGUGGACGUUUUACGCUGUCUGACUAUAUCGCAUUUCAAUUAUCUCGAGAGCAUUGAAUUUUAUCUGAGCUCGGCGUUUAUAGACCCCAUACUCGUUCCGAUGGUCAAGAAUAAUCGAAAUUUGCGUUCUCUUGCGGUGAGAUGGGACAUUGAUGAUGACGGUUUUUUAAUACCUUUGCUCAAGUCUUGUCCGUCUUGUCUCGAAAGCAUAACUAUAAGGUGUCCUGAUCUUCUGGGGGACAAACUCCUAGAACUUAUUUCUCGAUGUGCUGAAAGAGCAUGCAAACUGUUUGUGUUGGGUCCGCCUAUUGAACAAUUCGUUCUAAACAAAUUAGUGAAAGGCUUGACAAAAAAAACCAGAAUUUUGAUCAAUCGCGGGGCUUAUAGCAUGUCCGAAUAUUCUUUAAUAUAUUCGCAUGACUUAUUAGAGAUCAUGGAAUAUGAAUUUUUAACUAUUCCAAUGACGGCUAACGUGAACGACGCAGUUGUGAUCUCAUCUUGGGAUUAUUGA